AUGAUAAGGACAGCAAUUGAAGUUAGUAAAUCAAUAAAACAUAACAACAAACAAAUAUAUUAUUUAUUCAUUCAGUCAGUCAAGAUUUUUUCUAAAAAAUAACAAAUUGUUUUAGUGUCAGGAUAUAUAUUCUAAAUAUAAAAUAAAAUGUUUAAAAUAAUUAGCUUAUGUUAUCAAUAAAUAAUAUUUUUAAAUCAUAUUAAAAUUCAAAAUAAUGAUAAAAAUGUGGUUAGGAAAUUAAUUGAAAAAAAAAAAAAUUUAUGGUGGUAAUUGCCAUUUCCCUUCUCAAUUUUCAGCUAGAUAAAAAAAGUUUUCUUCUAUUUUAACUCUAACUAAAAAACAAAUAAAAUAAUUUUAAUUAUAUUUUUGAUUUUAGUAAAAGGGAGAGUAAAAAAUAGUUGA